AGUUUAUCCGCUAGUGACCCGCGCAUUGUCGCUCGUUACCUGUUUGUAGUAAAGAUUUGCUUUCGGUCAUCAGCCUUUAAGCCGUUCGUAAAAAAAAAAAUUGUAUUUCGGUGCAACUACUUCCCUAAUAGUGUUGAAGAUAAAUCCAGUGGAAAUGGAGAUAAUAAACAGGAUAGUGGACGGCUAUCAUGACCUGAUGGACAAUCAGAGCGACCAGAGAGUAAAGGAUUGGUUCCUAAUGUCUUCGCCCUUUCCCACACUAGCAAUCUGCCUCACAUAUGUGUUCACAGUUAAAGUAUUGGGACCAAAAUUAAUGGAAAACAGAAAACCCUUCGAGUUAAAGAAUGUGCUCAUUUGGUACAAUCUAUUCCAAGUGAUAUUCAGCUGCUGGCUGUUUUACGAGAGCAUUGCUAGCGGUUGGUUUACGUCAUACAGUUUCAGAUGCCAGCCGGUCGAUUAUUCUAACAAUCCUCAGGCUUUGCGGAUAGCAUACGGAUGCUGGUGGUACUAUUUCUCGAAAUUCACAGAGUUCUUCGACACGAUCUUCUUUGUGAUGCGCAAAAAGUUUGACCAUGUAUCGAAGUUACACGUCAUCCACCACGGCAUAAUGCCUAUGUCAGUCUGGUUUGGAGUCAAGUUCACGCCAGGUGGCCACUCUACGUUCUUCGGAAUGCUUAACACGUUCGUCCACAUCAUUAUGUACUCGUACUAUCUGCUUGCUGCCUUCGGUCCUCAGGUCCAAAAGUACUUGUGGUGGAAGAAGUACCUCACCGCACUACAGAUGGUUCAGUUCGUGAUGGUGUUCUUGCAUGCAUUCCAAUUGCUCUUCAUCGACUGCGAUUACCCUCGCGCUUUCGUGUGGUGGAUCGGAAUGCACGCUGUUCUCUUUUACUACCUUUUCUCCGACUUCUACAAACAGGCUUAUAUAAAGAAGGCCAAGAGCCUAAAAUCGAAACAAAGGGCUGAACUUGAAUCAUCGAAGAUGGAUUACGAAUCGAAAGAAAGAAAGCUGCCUCUUCUGAACGGUUUCAGCAAUGGUUCCGCAUUGGGUGACGUUCGGCAAAGAAUGGCGGGAGCUGUCGCGUCACAGUGAUGGAGUCAUCGCGAAAUAGUACAUGCCAUGGCAUCUUUUAGUGACGUAUUCUAUUAAGCACCAUAAGACUUUAUGGAAACGUGUGUAUGAAACACAAGUUUUAAACCAAGUCAUGUGGUUAGCCCAUCGUCAUCUUGCCCUGGAUUUAAGUGUCAUGGUGUCAAUGGAACAAUAUAGAGAUCUGUGUAUGUGUCGUAUAGACGGACAAAGUACAAAGUGAAUCUCAAAUAACCUUGAAAAGUUAAGCUCAAUUACAAAUAGUGAUGGUAUAAUUAAGUAAAUAGAAUAACCAAUAUUGCUGUUACAGAAGCUCGGCCGAUUAAUUGUGCUCAAUUAUAAUCUUGAAAAUUGCAUACAAGUUUACAUAAAUGUAGUAUAUUAGUUGUUUUAAUGUGUGUCUGAUCUUAUAAAUUGUACACAUUUGACGUGGUUUUCUUACGUCUUUAAUUGUAUAAGACAUAAAUGUAUUUAUUUUACAAUAACGAAAAGCUCUUUGGCUAGUUAAAUGGUGUCUUGAAAUUUAUUAUAUUAUAAUUAUUAUGGCCUUGGCUUACGUCGUCUUAUGCUUAAUGCAUUUGAAUAAUAGUAUAAUUAUUUAUUUUUAUUGCAACAGAUUUAAAUAAGACACAGAUGAACUUGUCACCUACAUCAGGAAAUGUAUUUUUAAGGUUACUUGGAAGGCUACUUAUAUUUUCCGUAAUAUAAAACUUGAAAACAUAUUAUAAUAUGUAGAUGGUUCGACAUUCUAAAAAAAGAAGAAAAAGACCACAUAUGUUAAAAAAAAUCUUGCUACAUUUUUAAUGAAGCACUCGACAUCAAAAUAUAGAACUUUAUUCUUUCUCUUCGUUAUGAAGGGAAAGAAUAUAUCAUUUAAAUAUGUAUUAUAUAACAGGUUGUACUAUCUGUAAGCAACUUUUGUAUUAUAAAAUUAAUAAAACUUACCUCUUAAUAUUAUAAGCAUAACUUGUAAUUGCUAUGUUUUAACCAUAAAACAAAUGAAAUGAAAGACGACAAGGCUUAUCGAACCAACCCAUUAAAAAAACACACAUUCAACAUUUUACAAUUCAGAUUAAUCGUAUCGUAUCGUGGUGUUUGAUAUUGUUACUUAAUAAUAAGACUAUGUCAUUAUUCUGACGAGCCUAUGUCUCUUUUAUUAUAUCAGUUCGAAAUAAAACUUUGUACUAGCUACAAAUAUCUAAAGUUAAAUGUUUUAAAAUGCAAUUGGAAGCAAAGCUGGUAGAUAUAAUGAGCUAUUUGUUACUGUGACAGCUUAAGUUGAAUUUAGUUUUAGAAAUUCAAACACAAAGAAACAGGGUUUGGUUCUCAUGAAUGUUAUGUAACCGCUAGGCAACACAAUGCAGAUCUAUACCUGCAUCAAUUAAAAAAAAAAAUCUAUACAUUAAUAAAGGGUCUAAGCAAAUAAUAUUAAUAUGUAACCGAAUUCAUUGUUUGAAGGUUUUUAGUCAAUAAAAUAAGGUAUCGGCGAUUAAAAUUUUUAUUAAUUUAUAAGAUUUGUAAUAAAUUUUGUGAUACAUAUUUAAAUAAAAUUUGACUAUCGUA